AUGGCGAUUUUGAGUGUAAUCACUGAAGGUUUGAGGCUGGAGUUCAAGAGAGGAUUGAAUCAGAGUUCUGAUCCAAGAGUCGGUUCUUCGAGAGAUAAUUCUACGAGUUCGAGCUUAGCUGCUGCAGCAUCAGGGUCAAAUUCCUCGUCAUUCUCAGCACUGUUUUCCACUCUAGUUCCUGUGGGCAUCUUUGCUGCAGUUUGUACCAUUUCUUUCUUGGUGCUCCGGAGAAAGUAUCCUAGGGUAUAUGCACCAAGGACUUUCCUGAGUAGUUUAGAACCUCAUGAACGAAGUGUGGAAUUGCCAUCCGGAUGGUUUAAUUGGGUGAAACCUUUUUUCAAUACUCCAGAUGAGGCAGUACUCAAUCAGUCUUCGCUCGAUGGGUACCUAUUCCUUAGAUUCCUCAAGAUUAUGUGCGUGAUAUGUCUUGUAGGAUGUUGUCUCGUGUUUCCAAUAUUGAUACCAUUGCAUGUACUUGGAGGUGCGGGUAAUGAGCAGCUUGACCAGUUGACUUUUGGAAAUGUUACCGAUCCGAGAGUUUAUUACGUGCAUGCUUUCUUGGCAUGGCUAUUUUUUGGAUUUAUCUUGUAUACCGUCUCGCGGGAGUGUGUGUACUAUAUCAACCUCCGUCAAGCUUACCUGCUGCAUCCCUAUUACGCUAAGCGUUUAUCAUCUAGGACUGUUCUUUUCACGUGCGUCCCUCAACAGAACCUGGAAGAAGCCAAACUACGAAAGAUAUUCGGUGACGCCGUCAAAAAUGUCUGGAUCCCCAGGGAAAGUGGAGAGUUGCAAGACUUAGUCGACGAAAGAAACCAAACUGCUUAUCGACUCGAAAGGGCGGAGACUACAUUAAUCAAACUCGCCAACAAAGAAAGGAACAGGGCCCUGAAGCAUGGUCAUCCUGAUCUUGAAUCGAGCAUCGGCAUGAAUUCUGUGCAAGAUACAAAGCGUGAAUCCGUAGGCACUGAGACUCGAAGGCCAAGCUUGGUUAGGAGUCCAGCUAAUGCAUUGCUCGGGGGUGUCGAGAUCUCGGAAAUUCCCAUGUCACCUACAGACACACUGGUAGGGUCAAAUCUUGGUCCGAUUGAUGGAAAGGAAAAAGAACCGAUGGUUACUGAGAUAGCGAUGUCACAAGCAAAUUCCCUGGAUACCUCCGAUGAACCUCCUGCCACUCCAAGUUUAAAAUGGGGAGAUAAUGGUUAUGGAAUGUCCGGGCCUCCUCCUGGAGUGAGUGGAUCAAUUGCUUCACAAUGGAUUCCUCAUAGCUGGAGACCAACCCAUCGACCAUUAUCAAACUAUGGAAGAAGUGUUGACACCAUUAAAUGGACUCGGAAUCGACUCAAGGAAAUUGCACCACAAAUCAACAAAUUACGAAGAAUUCAUCGACAAGGAAAAGUCAAGCCGUUACCCGCUGCAUUCAUCGAGUUUGAUACACAAGUCAAUGCACAAUCUGCGUAUCAAACACUCUCUCACCAUCGAGCAUUUCAUAUGACACCACAUAUCAAUGGUAUACGACCACACGAAAUCGUAUGGGAAUCACUUCGGAUGAAGUGGUGGGAGCGUAUUAUGAGGGGCUUUGCAAUCCAAGGUUUUGUGACCUGCCUUGUCAUCUUUUGGUCCAUUCCUUGUGCAUUAAUUGGAAUCAUAUCCAAUAUCAAUUUCUUGACCUCCAAAGUCUUCUUUCUCGGCUGGAUUAACAAGCUUCCGCCUUCAAUUCUUGGCUUGAUCACCGGCCUGUUACCAGCUGUAUCUUUGACAUUUCUCAUGGCACUAGUUCCGGUCAUUCUACGCAGCUGUGCUCGUCAAGCCGGGAUCCCUUCUUACUCGAUGAUUGAACUCUAUACGCAAUCUACUUAUUUCGUUUUCCAAGUUGUACAAGUGUUCCUCGUAACCACCAUUACCUCUGCUGCAUCCGCCGCAUUCGAAAAGAUCAUUCAAGAUCCCACUUCUGUGCGAUCACUUCUUUCGCAAAAUCUCCCCAAAUCCUCGAAUUUCUACCUCUCAUAUUUCAUCCUUCAAGGCCUUGCCAUGUCAGCCACGAGAUUAUUGCAAUUGCCUGCUCUUAUUCGUCAUUUAAUGUUUCAGAAUGAGCAAAAUCCUCGACUGAUGAUAAAUAAAUGGCAUAGGCUUCGAAUUGUGCACUGGGGAGCUAUCUAUCCCGUCUUUACGAAUAUGGGCGUGAUAGCUAUCACAUAUUCGCUGAUUAGUCCAUUGACUAUCGUAUUCGCGCUCAUGGGUCUAUAUCUCAUCUACCUUGUAUCGAAAUACAAUCUACUCUACACAUACUCCUCGGAAAUAUCCACACGCGGGCUAUUAUAUCCUCAUGCUCUCAAACAGCUACUCAUGGGUGUAUAUCUUGCUGAGGUCUGUCUCAUCGGUCUUUUCGGAUUGAGAAGCGCGUUUGGACCAUUGGUCAUUAUGCUUGGACUAACAAUCUUCACUGCAUUGAUACACAUCAGUCUGAACGAAGCACUGGGACCACUCCUUUGGAAUCUUCCUCGAACUCUUGCGGUAGAAGAAUUGUAUCGCGGAUUAGCAUUCAACUCCGAUCUCCAGACACCUCUGCCCUCUACAACCAAGCCUGAGGUAAAUAGCAAUGAAAAUGGCGACCCAUUUUUCCCAAUGCAAACACCCCCACAAUCUCAAUCUCAACCAGAGGAAUCUACGUACAUAAAUCAUCGUAUAUCCACUAUUCCCAAUCCUCGCCCCACCAUUGAGGAAGAAAACGAAAACGACCAUGACUCGACUCAAGAUUCCGACAACGAAGAACAAGAACACGACCCGAACCCCCAAUCCCGGACCCACCCCAAAGAAAUUGAAGGACUCCCCCACCUCUCCAAACUGACAUUCACCUUCCUCCUCACCUCCCUGCGCUCCAAAGCAACCCCCCACCUCGAGACCCUCACUCCCUACCUCACCCUCCUCACCCCUCUCAUCUCCCCCACCUACAACCCCUUACACCCCCCCAACUUCCUCAUCAAAUUCCUACACCCCGAAAUCUUCUCCGACUACCACAUCUUGCGCUCCUUAACCUCAGCAUUACCAAACAUGUCCUCCGGCUUUACAUAUACGGCCAAACAACACGAAGAUGCGUAUUUUGCGCCUUGUGUCACGAGGGGUAAAGAUCCCAAAUUGUGGAUUCCGAGGGAUAGGGCGGGGGUGAGUACGCAGGAGUGUGCGCAUACGAGGAGGAUUGCGGGAGUGCAGUGUGUGGAUGAGGGGGUUGAGUUGAAUGGGGUGGGGAGAGUGGUGGUAAGUGAUUUGCAGGGGGAAAAUUGUAUUUGGGAGAGAGAGACAAAGUUUUAG